AUGGCGUUUGAGUUCACAGAGUUCCAAAGCACAGCGGAGACGGAUCCGACCUCAGAAUUCCUUGAGCGUGAGAGGCUGGCUGCCGGUACGUUGCUUGGCAACGAUGCCGGAUUGUUUGGCGCCGCGAACGAACAUGGCGGAGCUGAGCACGACUUUGAACAGCACGCACAGGAUUUCCCCCCGUUGGACGGCGAGGGUGAAUUUGAGGGUAGUUUUGAGGCGAUCGAAGUAAAUGGAGGAGAUAUUGUUGCACCUGCAAGGGAGGAGGCUGCUGCGUUCAAGCGCGCAGACUCGCUCAUGGAGAUGUUCGAGCCGCGCGAGGGACAGGAAUCGGUGCAGACGUUUCAGAAAAGCUUCCCCGAUACGUACGAACUCGAAUCCGGAGUAGUGCCAGCGACUCAAGAGCACAAGGAAGCUGCUUACGAGGAGCCUGAAUUGUUUUUGGCGAAAGAGACGACCAAGGAUAAGAUGUUCAGUUACGACGAGCUGGACACAGAGACGCAAGCGCUUCGCGAAUGGAACGACAACCAGGCAGACGAAGUUGCGCGGCGCGAAGCUGCUGCAGAGCGCCAGCGCGGCGAGACGGUUUCCAAGGCCGAGCAAGAAAUCGACCAGUUCUAUGCAAACUACAACGCUGAGAAGGCGAAGAACAUUAAGAAAAACAAGGAGGCCGAGGCGCGCUUUUUGGAGCGUAAGCAGCAGGAGCUUGCAGAGGGUACAACAUGGACACGAAUCACCAAGCUGCUUGACUUACAAAACAGCCAGUCCAAGACGAUCGCCAAGGUCGGACCCGGCUCGAGCGAUUUGGGACGGCUCAAGGAGCUGUACCUAAACCUGAGGCGCGAGGGCGACACAGCGCCCGGUGCAGCAGGCUAUUAG